GAAGUCUGGCGGCAACAACCCUGGCUCUUUUCCUGGUGUUUUCUCUCAUGGGAAAUUCCAGCAGUGCACCACAGAGACUCUUGGAGAGAAGGAACUGGACUCCUCAAGCUAUGCUUUACCUGAAGGGCGCACAGGGACGCCGCUUCAUCGCGGACCAGAGUCGGAAGAAGGGACUCUCCGAGCGGCCGCCGCCGGAAAGACGAAGUCCGAAUGCCCGGCUACUAACUCUCCCAGAGGCAGCAGCUCUGCUAUUGGCUUCCUUGCAGAAACCACAAGAAGCUGGAGAAGAAAACCUUGAUCCAACCAGAUUUCUGGACGACAGUCUGCUACACUGGUGAAAACACAACAAAUUGAAUGCAGUUACAGUUCUGUUCUUGUUGAAGACAUGAGCAUGUAAAUAAAAUGCGUGGACCCUUUUUGCUUCAUUUGCAGUCUUAGGAACAGGCACAACUAGUUUUAUUCUUCUGGAAGCAAAAGUAAAGUGGAGUUCCUAGCUGGGAAUAUCAUUGCCUUUUAUUAUUAUUAUUAUUAUUAUUAUUAUUAUUAUUAUUAUUAUUAUUGUUUCAGGUCCUUCUGUCUUAGAUCACCAUCUGUCUUACUCUAGAAUUUUUUUAGAUUAUAUGACUGAAUACUCUUUAUGGUGUUCUUUUUGUUACAACAAAUACCCUCUUGAUUUAAUAUUAUUAGUUGUUGGUUUUCUCAUCCUGCCACCCAACUUGCAUUGUCUUGUCACUCAGUAGGGACUCUCCUUCUCCUUGUCCCCCUUUCCCACCUCCAAGGAGGGUGGGGGAAAGCGUGGCAGGAUGAGAAAGAGUAGAGUAUGGUUCUCUUAGCAGUUCAUCCAGAAGGUAGUUAUGCAGGGAAGGGGGUGGGGAUGGACAGGAAAGAAGCCCUGUGAUUGGAACGCUUCAGCGCCACGGCUGGGAGAGGGAUCUUCCGUGAGGCUGGAGAAGCUUGGAGCGCCCCCUUGUGCUCUCUGGGAUCUCCCUGAAUUCAGUUUAGAAACGUGGAUCUCAAAGUUACUGGAAAAUAAGCAGAUGAGACACACUCUGUUCCUCCGUACCCCAGUUUUUUAGAGGUAACCCAUUUUCCAUGGCUAAACACACUCCAAGACUGCUUACUCCAGCGGACUAGAACUCUAAGCUUUAUUUGACAUCAAAACAUUAUAUGAAGACACCCUGAUAAUGCAUGGUACAAUGUCUAAUUUACUUCUUUUUAAAGUCAACUUGGGUUCAAUACUAUCUGAAAAAUAUAUACACAUAUACCUACAACAAGCAUAGUGAUAUAUUUAUUUGUAAACGCAAUAUGGCCAACUUGUUAAUUAUUUCUGACCUAAUUAAUUGAAAGUUGUCAUUGAUAAAUGUCAUAACUAGAAAGUAUUGUUAAUUCUUAUUGUCAUCAAUAUGUAGCCAUUAUUCAGCAGCUAAAGAAUAUCCUUAUGUGAAUGUAUGUAAUUGGAAUUACAAUAUGACUGUGUUAAAUAACCAAAACGCUGCUUAUAAGGUUUGUCUGUAAAUUGUUUCAUAAUUGAAAAUGCAACUAUAUUCAAGUUAAUGUAACAUUGAUCUCUGAC